AUGUGGAGGAGACUCUAUUUUCUGUUGUUCCUCGUGCGCGUCUACUUUGCGCUGUCACCCAGUUAUCUGCAUCCCGAUGAGAAUUUCCAGGGCCCAGAGGUCGUAGCCGGACGCGUCUUUUCCUACCCCGUCCACGAAACCUGGGAGUUCACUUCGGCCCACCCCAUCCGCAGCACCUUCCCACUCUGGCUCGCCUAUGGCUGGCCCAUGUACAUCUUGCGCUGGCUUUGGGAAGGCUUUGGUUAUGAUGUCUCGCCCUCGGUCGUAUACUGGGCCCUGCGUGUGCUCAUGCUCACACUGAGCGUCGUCAUGGAAGACUGGGCCAUCCACGAGUUGGUUGUGUCGCCCCGCGCCCGACGCGUUGCUGUACCCCUCGUGGCCUCUUCCUAUGUGACGUGGACGUUUCAAACGCACACCUUCUCCAAUAGCCUGGAAACGCUGCUGGUUCUCUGGAGUCUGGUGUUGAUCCAGCGGAUCGUCGAAGACAAGAAGCGCUCUGGCAUCUUGGCCUCGUCCAUACUCGGCUUCAUGGUUGUCCCUGCUACCACAUUUCCUGCGCAAGCAAGUCACCCCCAUCACCCUGGAGACAGUGCCCACGCAGCUAACAUGGACAGACCAUUCUCCUUUGUGUUCCUCGCUCCCGUCGCUCUCUUGACAGCUUUCGUUGCCAUUUGCAUCGAUACCACGUUCUACACCCCAGGCGAAUUUACCUUUGCAAAAGUCUUUAGCAGCCCCGUCAUCACCCCGUACAACAACUUCCGAUACAACUCGGUUUCUGAGAAUCUGGCCCAGCAUGGCAUACACCCACGAUACCAACACUUUCUCGUCAACCUUCCACAACUCCUAGGGCCAGCCUUUCCGCUCCUCUUCUUCCUGCGCCGAGCGCACUUCACCCCUGUCCUCGUCUCCGCAUUAUCGGGCGUCACCCUCCUGAGCAUUUUCCCACACCAAGAAGCCCGAUUCUUGUUACCCGCCGUACCCCUUAUCCUAUCCUCGAUCCGCCUACCCGGCCCACGCAUUCGCAACGCAUGGAUGGCACUAUGGAUCGUCUUCAACCUCGCACUCGGCAUUCUCAUGGGCAUCUACCACCAAGGCGGCAUCAUCCCCGUGCAAAUGCACAUUGCCAAAACCAACGAGUCCGUCUCCCACGCCUUUUGGUGGAAAACUUAUAGCCCGCCCACCUGGCUCCUCAACGGCAAAAACUCAAACCUCACCACCAUAGAUCUCAUGGGCAUCCCGGGCCCCCAAAUGCUCCAAUCCGUCCUCACCGCCCUCCCACCCUGUCGCUCCCGCAAACCUCCACCCCUCAACCGCGACGCCGUUUACCUCGUUGCCCCGCGCUCCGCUCACUUUCUCCUCCCCCAUGUCCAGCCCAGUCGGCAAAAGGCCAAUCUCGCCCGCAGGCAAAAGGAUCUCGUGCUCGUCCCUGUUUGGUCGUAUCCGCGCCAUGUUAAUCUCGAUGACUUGGAUUUCGCAGAGGAUGGGCUGGCCCAGACGGUGCGGCGUGUUGUUGGUGAUCGCGGUUUGGUUGUUUGGCGUGCUGAGCGGAAUUGUUGGGGGGAUGGGGGGGAGGGGGAGGGGCAGGGAGACGGGGAGGAGUGA